UCUGUUUGACAGCAGCCAUUCGCAAAGUUGAAAACACAAAAGCCACCAGCGAGUGUGGAAAAUACGUGCGCAAAUUUGGUAAAAUCAUCCAAUUUUCGUAAGUUUAAAAAGGUCUGAAAAUGGUUACCCAAACUGCCGACCCAGCUCCGGCCGUUCAGGAUGUCGAAAUGGAGAGCGCCGAAGAUGCGGAAGCAGCGAAAAAGGAUGCCGAACUGCUCACGGUGCAGGAGAUUCGCGAGCAGGCACGGCAGAUUGACAAAGCGGUCACCAGCAAGGAACCACGAUUUAUUCUGCGUGUAUUGCGGUCGCUACCAAACACCCGGAGGAAACUGAGCUUGGUUGUAGUUCGAUCGUUAGCAGUGCAACUGUUCCCUGCAGGUGCGGAAAGGGAGGGAAUUAUGGCGUACAUUGAGGAUUAUCCGGAAGGUAUGCAAGAACCGGAGUUGCCUAGACCGCGAGCCGCAAUCAAAAGUCCUCUGCCGGAAGUGGAUGCCUAUUUCCACUUGUUGCUACUGGUGAGGCUGUUGGACAAGAAUGAGCUAGCAAAGGCCGUCAAGUGCUCCCAAGAUUUGAUGGCAAAAAUCGUCGGGCAAAAUCGAAGGUCUUUGGAUCUGAUUGCUGCUAAGAGUUAUUUCUAUCACUCGAGAGUUGCAGAAUUGAAUGGAGAUUUGGAGAGUAUCAGGGGAUAUCUGCAUUCGAGACUAAGAACUGCAACGCUGAGAAACGAUUUCGAGGGUCAGGCGGUUUUGAUUAACUGUCUGCUCAGGAACUAUUUGCAUUACUCACUGUACGAUCAAGCGGACAAGUUGGUCAAUAAGUCAGUUUUCCCGGAAACGGCUAGCAAUAAUGAAUGGGCACGUUUCCUGUACUAUUUGGGUCGCAUCAAAGCAGCUAAGUUGGAUUACAGUGCAGCCCAUAAGCACCUGGUCCAAGCUUUGCGUAAAGCUCCCCAGCAAGCAGCCGUUGGAUUCCGUCAAACCGUUCAGAAGUUAGUAAUCGUUGUGGAGUUGCUUCUGGGAGAUAUCCCGGAACGACAGGUCUUCCGACAGGCUGCUCUUCGUAGAUCUUUGGGUCCAUAUUUUCAGCUUACUCAAGCAGUUCGUCUCGGAAAUCUUCAACGCUUUGGCGAGGUAUUGGAGAACUUUGGCGAUCAAUUUCGUCAAGAUCAUACUUUCACUUUGAUUAUCCGUCUUCGUCACAACGUUAUCAAGACUGCUAUCCGUUCCAUUGGACUGUCCUACAGUCGCAUCAGUCCUCAGGAUAUCGCUCGCAAGCUGGGAUUGGAUUCGCACGAAGACGCAGAAUUCAUCGUAGCUAAAGCUAUUCGAGAUGGAGUUAUCGAGGCCACCCUGGACCCGGAGAAGGGCUACAUGCGUAGCAAGGAAAGCACCGACGUCUACUCGACUCGUGAACCCCAGCUGGCAUUCCACCAGCGUAUUAGCUUCUGUCUGGAUCUGCAUAACCAGAGCGUCAAGGCCAUGCGAUAUCCACCGAAGUCGUACGGUAAAGAGCUGGAGAGUGCCGAGGAGCGACGUGAACGCGAACAGCAAGAUCUUGAGCUUGCCAAGGAGAUGGCCGAAGAAGAUGACGAUGGUUUCUAAACACCUUGGGGCUUGGGCCGCUGAAUUGUAUUGCCGGCAAAUUGCGCUUCGUGUAAGCAGAAUCAUACUUAUUGAUACUUUGAAUUUACCUAAUAUUAUACCUACCUAAAUUGAUGAUUCAUAAUAAAACUGGUUGUCAUCGUA